AUGACCUCAUCGCCUGGCUCCCCGCCCCUUUCCGAAACCUGGAAGGAACUGAGGGGGGGGGAGGAGGAGGAGGAGGAGAGAGCAGAGUAUACCGCAGACAUCAUUUCUACUACAGUGGCGGAGCCGUGCAGGACCUGUUUCACUGCAGGGGGAUCCAAAACAAGCCCCGUGGAUCAGCAGCCAGAGCAACAGCAGCCGCAAGACAUUGUUUCUCUCCCUCUGCCCCCCCUUCCCCACGCAACCCCAGAUCCAUUUACACUUUACAGAGCAUCGUGCAUCAAGUCACCAAGGUGGUCCAUUCAAGCCGCAGACUUGCUUGUCAUCCUUGUUCAACAGUUUCCUCCUCUACUGCCACUACCAGGAAGUGCAUCACAUGUCAGCAUACUGGAGCACAAUGAAAGAGUCUAUUUGGAGGCCUCAGAAGUAAUGCUGCUGUGGACCGUGAGCAAAGGAGAAAGAGUGGACUCCAGCCUGCACGGAUGGUCUUGAAACACAACUGGUUUUUGGUCUAGGCAUCAUACACUGAGAUUCUCUACUGCCACCCUUUCUACUCAAGCAACAUCUUUGUGAAAAGAUCCUCUGGAAGGAAUUGACAACUUAUGGUUUUCUGUUGUGAUAAAAGCACAUGGUACAG